AUGAACAUCCUUCUGGAGUUUUUCGUAGUCACUUUCAAAGUGCUCUGGGCGUUCGUGCUGGCUGCGGCCAAGUGGCUGGUGAGGCCCAAGGAGAAGAGUGUGGCGGGGCAGGUAUGCCUCAUCACUGGGGCAGGCAGCGGCCUGGGCCGCCUCUUCGCCCUGGAGUUUGCCCGGCGCCGAGCGCUGCUGGUGCUGUGGGACAUCAACACCCAGAGCAACGAGGAGACGGCAGGCAUGGUGCGCCACAUCUACCGUGAGAUCUCCGAGGAGGCUGCUGCCGCUGCCCACCAAGCUGGAGAUGGUGAAGAAGAGGUGCUGCCUCCCUGCAACUUGCAGGUUUAUACAUAUACCUGUGAUGUGAGCAAGAGAGAGAAUGUCUACUUGACAGCUGAGAGGGUCCGCCAAGAGGUUGGAGAGGUCUCAGUCCUGGUUAACAAUGCUGGUGUGGUCUCUGGGCACCAUCUCCUAGAGUGUCCUGAUGAGCUUAUUGAAAGGACCAUGAUGGUUAACUGCCAUGCACACUUCUGGACCACUAAAGCAUUCCUUCCCAAGAUGCUGGAGAUGAAUCAUGGACACAUUGUGACAGUUGCAAGUUCCCUGGGACUGUUCAGUACUGCAGGAGUGGAGGAUUAUUGUGCCAGCAAAUUUGGAGCUGUAGGUUUCCAUGAAUCUUUGAGCCAUGAAUUGAAGGCUGCUGACAAAGAUGGCAUUAAAACAACCCUGGUCUGCCCUUACCUUGUAGACACAGGAAUGUUCAGAGGAUGUAGAAUCAGAAAAGAAAUUGAGCCUUUCCUCCCACCUCUGAAACCAGACUACUGUGUAAAGCAGGCUAUGAGAGCUAUCCUUACUGAUCAGCCUAUGAUUUGCACACCUCGCUUGAUGUACAUGGUAACCUUCAUGAAAAGCAUCCUGCCCUUUGAAGCAGUUGUGUGCAUGUACCGGUUCUUGGGAGCAGACAAGUGUAUGUACCCUUUCAUUGCUCAAAGAAAACAGGCUACAAACAACAAUGAAGCAAAAAAUGGAAUUUAACACUGUUUUGUACGGACUGGCAUUUGUAGCUCAAUAUGAUCAAAAAUGUUACACGACUGAGUUCUGAAGUGCACUUGCAUCUAGCUGAUGCAAAUGUCAACAUUUUACUGUGGCAUUCUCUUUGAUCUUAAACCUGUGUAUUGAACUUAAAAAUCAAUGUUUUUUUUUACAUGCUGUAAAUAAACUGACUAUAGAGUACUUGGAAAAUGUGAUAGGUAAAGUGAAUUUAAAAUGUAGCUGCCACCAUUGUCCUUUAGACUGUUACUGUAUGUACAGUAAAGCUAGUUAUACUACUUUUUGUAGAGAUGCACUGUGUGAGAUCUUUUCCUCAGACUGCCAAUGUUUAAAAGCUGUCUACAACUAGAAGAUGCAGUGUUUCAGAAAUGGCUUUUUCUUUCUCUCUGUAUUAAAACAAAAUCAUGCAAUUUAAACUACUCCUACGCGUGACCUUUUUAGCUAAUUCAAGGACUGAUUAUGAAUGCAUCUUUCUACAUGUUAACCCAAGCUGUAAAGGACCCAUGGCUGACCUGUGGUGUAAUUCUUUUAUGUAGUGACUGCAUGCCUUCUGUGUUUAAAAAGGAAUUUGUAAAUCUCCAAUUCAAAGGCAAAUAGAUGUCUUUGGAAUAUUUUCAAAGCAAAGCUGUAUUGGGCAUCUCAUUUUCUUUUUCCUGAGAAAUGCGGUCUGUGGGUUAAACCAUCCAACUCUCAAGUCACUUGACCUGAAAUGUGCUCUGUGUUCUGUCCAUCACUCUGGAUGGCAGACUCCUGCCCUAAUAAACUACAUUUUUUCUUCCUUCCAUCAGCCCCACUGCACCCGCAUCACCACACCCUCUGAGGAAGUUGUAUUAAAUUUCUGUAGCUGGGCUCUUGCCUAAAAUACAAAGCAACUCGAGCAGAGAUACAAAUUGUUUAUGUAAGUCCUGGUUUUGUGCCAACUAUUAGCAAAAGAAAAAGAAAAUAAUGCUUGAUGCAACUUUACAUGUGGAAUAUGGAAGGGUGUAAAGACUUUUUUUGAAAGUUGUAUUUGCUUUGUAGAACAGCAAAUGACAUUUUUACAGUAUUUUUUGUAAAACAAACAAUUUUGUGCCUUGAAUUUGGUAAUUUGUGUAUUAGUGAAACAUUGUAAAAGUGAACUUCUACCUCUGUAUCUUAAUGUAUACCAUCCACUUGUAAAUUACUAUCAAACAAAUUAUGUGAUUACUUUUUUAGAAUGUCUUGUUAAAUAGUGACCAAUGUUUGUUUAUUAAAGUGAGCCACCU